CGAUUUUACUUUUUAUUUAAAAACUUAAUCACAAAUACUUAAAUCCAAUUUAAUGGAUGGAAAACUAUGUCAUCUAUUAAUUAAAAAUCAAAAUAUAUGUGUUUUGUCCAUGUAGCUAUGCAAAUUUUGUAAUAUUUUUCUUUCCAGAGUAAAAUUUGUGCAAAAUGUCUAGAGACGCUCGUCACUGUUUCAUUCAUCAAGCUUGGCCGCCAUUUCUGAAGUUUGGCUGCGUCUUUGUAACUUCGUGUUGUGCUAAUACUUGUUUCUAAAAGACAGUGAUUUUCAAUAUUAUAGACGAUGAAUUUGUAAAAACAUGAAUUAACUAUGAAUUGUGGUUCUUUGUGGAGUGUUUAAUAAAUCAGAACAAAUCGAUAAAAUCCACUUUUGAAGAAGGUAUUCCUACAUCUCAACAUCGUAUUUUUAGUUCGUCCGCCAUAUUGGCGUUAAUAAUCUUUUCAUUGUUAACUACCAAAUUGUAUGGGAAGUUAGGUUUCACACAGUCUAGCCCUGCAAUUAUAUGUAAGGAGUAAUGUUUAUUGGCUAAUGACUAGAAUGGACCACUACUAAGUGCAAAGGCACUAAUAAAAAUUUAUUAUGAUAGAUUGGUUUAAUGUUAUCAGAGGUUAUAGCUGAUGCCUCUUAGCCAGAAAUUGGAUGAACCUCUUGUUACUAUUGAGAUUGCUGACUCCAGCACAAUGCAGCAGGCUGUUGACCCUCUCGCUACAACUAGUACGCCGACGGCGGAAACUGUCAAUGGCGCCUCGGCGGAUGAGACGCCAAGGCGGCAAGGGCGGGUGACGAAUCAAUUACAGUUCCUUCAAAAGAACGUCAUGAAGGCUGUAUGGAAACAUAAACUAGCGUGGCCUUUUCAUCAACCUGUUGACGCGAAAAAGCUAAACCUUCCAGAUUACCAUAAAAUCAUAAAGAAACCUAUGGAUCUGGGUACAAUUAAGAAGCGGCUCGAGUCCAACUACUACUACUCGGCACAGGAAUGCAUCCAAGACUUUAACACCAUGUUCACCAACUGUUAUGUAUAUAAUAAACCGGGAGAGGACGUCGUCAUCAUGGCACAAACUUUGGAAAAGUUAUUUUUGAAUAGGAUAGCUCAGAUGGAAAAAGAGGAGAAAGAAAUCGAGGCCCCGUCGAAGGCUGGCAAAGGUGGAGUUAAAAAACGAACGGGCGGCAGUGGCGCUCCGGGGGUGACCCCGGGCGGAGGCGCGGGCGGUGGAGCGGGCGCGGGGGCGGCGGCGGGCGCGGGGGGCGGCGCUCGGGCCGCCGUCAAGACGCUGGCGGCGUCGCCCCACUCCGCGCUCUUCGGCUCCAACAACGCAGCCGCCGCGCCGGCCAUCCCCUCCCCCGCACCCACCCCGCCGGCCACUCACACCGGUCUUCCUCAGCAGGUCACUACGCAACCAUCGAGUUUCCAUGUUGCUCAACCUACGACACCCGUUACGGCUAUACCGACAGUCCCCUUAUCUCAGACGCAACCAGCUAAGGUGAAGAAAGGUGUGAAGAGAAAAGCCGAUACGACUACACCAAUGGGAAGUUCUUUUGAAGGUGGUUACACAACACCUACUAUUGAUCAGCAAAGUGGACCUAAACCAGCGAAAAUUUCUACAAGGCGAGAAAGUGGUCGGCAGAAAAAGGCCAGUCGAGCAACGGAAGAUAACUUUAAAAUGGGUGGGCUGUCUCCUGGUGUUGGCGGAGCUGGUGCCUCCCAUCAUUCUGCAAUAACCCCACAACUAGCUAAGGGCAAAGAAAAGCUAUCGGAUGCUUUGAAGAGUUGCAAUGAAAUAUUAAAAGAAUUAUUUUCAAAGAAACAUUCGGGAUAUGCGUGGCCAUUUUAUAAACCUGUAGAUGCGGAGUUACUAGGAUUACAUGAUUAUUUUGACAUUAUUAAAAAACCCAUGGAUCUUGGAACUGUUAAACAGAAAAUGGAUAAUAGGGCAUACAAAACAGCUGCAGAGUUUGCAGCCGAUGUACGUUUAAUAUUCACGAAUUGCUAUAAAUAUAAUCCCCCAGACCAUGAUGUUGUUGCAAUGGCACGGAAACUGCAGGAUGUAUUCGAAAUGAGGUAUGCCAAGAUUCCAGACGAACCCGUUCAUGUUGGUAUACCGCAUAUGGAUAAAGGCAGCUCUGCAUCUAGUUCAGAAUCUGGUUCCGAAUCAGAUUCCGAGUCCGAUGACUCAGAAGAGGAGAGAAACAAUAAAGUAAAGCUCCUUGAGAAAGAACUCCUUGCUCUCCAAGAAAAAAUGAGGAAACUGGUUGAAGAAUCUAAUACCAAGAAAAAGGCUAAGAAGAAAAUUAAAGACAAACAAAAGAAACAAAUCACAAAUAGCACUCUACCCAAGGCCAACACUGUGGCUGCUUAUGGGGCCAAAGCAAACAAUAUCGCUGAGAAUAUAGCGGCGGGCGGCGCGCGCGGCAAGGGGGCGCGGUCGCGGGGCGGCGCGGGCGGAGCGCCGGGCGCGGGAGGGGGCGCGGGCGCGGGCGCGGGCGGCGGCGGCGGCGGCGGCGGCGGCGGCGGCGGCGGCGGCGCGGGCGGCGGCGCGGCCGGCAAGCUCGCCGCGCGCGGCCCGCCCGCCGCCAAGAAGAAGAGCUCCACGCCCACCGCCGCGCCCGCGCCGCACCAGCCGCCGCACCCCGACUCCGAGGACGAGGACGUCGCCAAGCCUAUGUCCUACGACGAGAAGCGACAGCUCUCGCUCGACAUCAACAAGCUGCCAGGGGAUAAACUCGGCAAAGUAGUUCAUAUAAUUCAAAGCAGAGAACCUUCAUUGAGGGAUUCUAAUCCUGACGAGAUAGAAAUCGACUUUGAAACUUUGAAGCCAUCCACCCUAAGGGAAUUAGAAAACUAUGUAGCAUCAUGUCUACGCAAAAAGACACAUCGUAAGAUGUCCGGAAAAUCUAAAGAUGAACAAAUGGCAGAGAAAAAGCAAGAGUUGGAAAAACGAUUGCAAGAUGUCUCUGGACAGUUAGGAACUAAUAAAAAACAACAACAGAAAAAAGAAGGAUGCAAGGAUGGUUUGGGAGGUGGAAUGUCUUCAUCGUCGAGUUCGUCAGACUCGUCCAACUCAUCCUCAAGCACAGACACUAGCUCAUCAGACAGCAGUGACAGUGAAGCAGGAACUGGUUCAGGAAGAACGCCUAAAAAGAAACCGAAGAAACAAGCACAUCAACAUGCACCUCAAAUCAAGCCGAUGCCGCCAAUGCCGCCGGCGGUGCCCGCGGCGGCGGCGGGCGUGUCCGCGGGCCCCGCGCCCCCCGCGCCCCCCGCCGCCGCCCCCGGCCCCGGCCCCGGCCCCGCCGCCGCGCCCGCGCCGCCCCCGCCCGCCCCCGUGGCCCCCGCCGCCGCGCCCUCCGCCGCCCUCGCACCCGCCAAAGACGCGCUCACGCACGCGCCCGCACCCGAAGCCAAGCCGGACCUAGCGGAUUCCAUUCCCCCCCACGCCGAGGCAAAGUUAGAACUUCCUACGACACAGCCCUCGCACGUCGCCUCCGCCGCCUCCAAUACUGUCAAUAAUAUACCAGAUUCGUCCGCAAUGCUCAUCGCGAGAGACAACGAAGAACAAAAAUCCAGUUUGAAAAUCGAACCUCGAAACGGACUCGACAAAGUAGAUUCUUCGCACUAUAUAGAUCCUAUAGAACGUUCGCUCGCUAGCUUGGAGAGAAGCUUGAACGCCGACGUACCUAUGGACGUCAGCGUAGGCGUUUCGGAGUCGUCGAUGCGUCUCGAGGAUGAGUUUUCACUACCGAAAACCCAAAUGAUGCCCGACGCUGCACACCAUAACCUCAUGGCACAGUUGGGGGGCCUGACUGAUAUGGGACAUGUACCCGAAUCUAUUAAGAAUGAGAUGUAUGUUCCGCCUCAUAAUGGAUAUGUAGAAAAAAAUAUGCAACAUGAGAGGGAGAUAAUGAGGCCUGACAUAAAUACUGCAGUGCCAGGCAUUACGGCAGUUCCACCUGUAUCAAUUUUUGAUCCAAUACAAUCGACUCCACUUACAGUUAUAGCGCAGUCACAUCAUAAUAUGCCUGGUGCUCCGAGUCUAAUGACUCCAGCUGUAAAGAAAGAGGACGUAAAGCCUCUUCUUACUCCUAAACCUAUUGAAGAUCUAAUGGGUGUUUCGAAUAUGGUACCAAAUAACAUGUCCGAUAGAGCAAAAUAUGAGAUGGAGAAGAAAAUGGAGGAUUCUCAAAAUUCCAAUUUCGUUCAAGCUUUUAAAUUGAAACAGGAGCAAAAUUUAAAAAAUGCAAGCUCAUGGUCAUCUUUGGCACAAGCUGGUAGUCCACAAAGUAUUCCGAAUGUAGCAACGAAUAAUCAAAUUAAACAGAAACCUGUUAUGGACACUUUUCAAGCAUUCAAAAAACAAGCUAGAGAAAAGAUGGAUCGUCAGAGAGCACUCAUAGAACAGCAAGAACUACGAAAGAAAGAACAAGCUGAAAGAGAAAGACAGCGGCAAGAGACGGAAAGGCGACAUCCCGAUGAAGAUAAAAUAAGAGCCGUUCAAGGAGUACGGAAAGCAGAGAGCGCAGAAGUGGCGUCACCCAGCCAGUCGCCGGUGGCGCGGGCGUCGCCGCCGCCGCCGCGGCGGCCGCGGCCCGCCGCCGCCGCCGCCGCCGCCGCCGCCGCCGCCGCCGCCGCCGCGCCCGACAAGCCCGCGGCCAGCGAGCGCGAGCGACUGCGCCAGCGGGAGCAGGAGCGGCGCCGUCGGGAAGCGAUGGCCGGACAGAUUGACAUGAACUUGCAGAGUGACUUGAUGGCGGCAUUUGAAGAAUCGUUGUAAUGUGUUAAAAACAAUAUUAUAAAUGUACAUAUGAGUAUGUAAUUUUUUAAUAGUAUAAUAUAUAAAAUAUGUAUGGUGAAAUGUGACACCAAAGUGAUUUUGUGAUCGUUUUGUGUGUGAAACGUUGACUAAUUUGUGGUUAAGUGCUGUGAAUAGAUAUUUUAAAAUGAACUGUUUACUAUCACCUUGACUUUACGCUCGUGCUGUGAGCCUUUACUAGAGGGUUGCAUUUGAAAUAAUGUGUACUAUAUAAGUUUAUAAGUAAGUUCUUAAACAACUCUCUUUACAUUCGUAAGUAUAUAUAAAUUAUAUAUUUAUAUUUUGUUCUAAAAACAACUACCUUCCAUAAUUGUUUUAUAGUAUGUACUAAUGACUAGAACGGUAGUGAUUGAAAUUUGAAAAAAAUCAAUAUAAUGCUUUAUGUAAAUGAUAGACAAUCGGAAAACCAUGAAACCUGUUAUUUUCUAGAUAUUUUCUCAUUGCAUGAAUAAUAGUAUAGAUACUUCACAAAUGGCAUUUUAUAUUUUGUCACUGUUUUUAUUAGACGAUAUUAAUUUUGCCUAGUAAUAGUGUUGUGGUCUUCAUGCAGUGAGUAAAUGUAUAGCAUAUUGUGUAUUUAUUAGCCGUGGAGUUUAUGUUACGUAUUCGAUUUUCGAUAAAUAUUGCUUAAUGUUAGUAGAUUUUUUAUCAGCCUGUCAUUUGAAGCAGAUCAAAUGUCAUACAUUUGAUUUGAAAUAUAUUUAUUUUACAUUGGAAUAUGUCUUUUUAUGUUUGUAGAUAGAUAAAAUCAAUAAAAAUGUAGUACAGUUUACAUCCAAAUUCUGCAUACUGUAAAAGGUAUGUAGGUUAAGAUAUAAAUGAUUACCAUCCCUAAAUGAAUUGUAUAUUAUUAAGCAAAUUUUAAUUUCAGUCAUUUACUCAUCUAAAUCAAAUGUAGAUAUGAACUAAAAUAUAUUGACAUUCCAUAAUGUAAUUUGUUGUUUAA